AUGCUGCUUAUCCGUACGUUAGGUCGCUUUAUGCAUUUGGACCGUCAUCUACCAUAUUUCCUUCGCGGACAAGUGGUUACGGGUUUUGGACGAGGUGGUAAACAGUUGGGAUGUCCUACGGCAAAUAUUGAAGAAGCUGUAGUCGAAUCUUUGCCAUCGGAGUUUCCUUGUGGAGUGUUUUAUGGCUUAGCACGAGUUGAGGGAGAGCAGGAGGUACAUUUGCUAAGAAAAUUCGAGGAAGACUUCUAUGGAUCAAUGAUGGAUGUUCUAAUACUUGGCUUCAUUCGUCCAAUGACGGUAUUCAAUAGUCUAGGUGAGAUAACGUCAUGA